UAUGGCAGAUAAAAAAUAAUUAUUAUAAUAAGAAGAACUUGAGCCUCUUGCCUAAUAAGAGAGUUUAUAAUUUAAACCAGGAGAGUAUUUAGUGCAUAUUUUGUUGUAAUAAACAAGAGCACUUUAAAAUCCAAAUGAUAAUGAGAGUACAAUAGAUCCAUUGAUUCUAAUUGAAACUAUGGAUUAAAAGAAAUUCAGUUCCUAAAAAAAGGGAACUGGAUCAAAUAGUACUUUAGUUUGGAAUGAACAUUUCUAUUUCAAAAAAUCUUUUUUUAAUGGUUUACAAAUUUAAUCUUAGCAUGUGAAAAUUUCAGUAUUAAAUCAUAAAGUAUUUGGAAGAAAUGCAGUAGUUGGAAUAUAUGAAUUAGAUUUCUCAACAAUAUAUAUGACAGAUAAUCAUGUAUUAUUACAUAAAUGGUUGGUAUGAAGAUAUCUUGACUAUUUUAAUAGGGAUUAAUAAAUCCAGAGAAAGAUUUUAAUAAAAUAACUGGAUAUUUGAAGAUUAGUAUAAACAUAGUUAAUGAUUAAGUUAAACAAACAACUUUAUUAAUGGACAAUGAAAUAAAAGAGAGAGGUAAAAUAGAAGAGUCAAAAAAUAAUCUUUUUGUAGAUGGAGAAUUAUUAUUACCACCUCAUUUAUAAACAAAAGGAAAAUAAUUAAAAAUAUCUUUAGGUAGAGGUACAAAUUUAAUGAAAAUGGAUUCAAUGUUAGGAUCGAUUGAUCCAUAUUUACUUUUUGAAAUUGGAGGUUAGGAAAUUCAAACAGAUUUAGUAAAAGAUAGCAAUUCUCCAAGAUGGGAAUUAAAUCUAUUUGUAAAUAUGUUAUUAAAAUAAAUAAUAAGUUACCAGUAAUGACUCCAUGUUAAAGCGAAUAUUUAAUAAUGAGAUUAUUUGAUUAUGAUAUGGGUGGAAAAGAUGAAAUAGCAGGUUGUCAAUUAUUUAGAAUUUCAGAUAUUUUAAAUGGUUAAGUAAAAAUUAUUUUUUUUAAUUUAAAGUUUUUAGAACCAAAAUGGUUUCACAUUUAUGGAGCAAAUAUAGAUGCAGAUUCAUAAUAGAGAAUUUAUUUAUGUAGUCAUCCUGAUUUAGGAACAUGUUAUGCAGGUAGAAUAUUAUUAUCUAUGGAAUUGAUUGACUCUGAAUAACCUAAAAAAGAUAAACAUAAAAUAAAUGAUUAACAAACUUUAGGAAAAAUACGCUAAGAUUCUACUUAUUAAUGGUCGUUUUAAUGUAUGGUGUAUUUUGCACUUAAUCUACCAAGAGAUGAUGAUUCCUAUUCAAUUAAAAUAUAAUGGGGUGAAUAUGAAUGUAAAACAAACACUGAAAAAGCCAAAGAUGGAGUUAUUGAAUAUUACGAAUAUUUAACAAUUGAUAAUGUUAAAUUUCCCACUCAAGAAAUCUCAGAAUUACCAGAUGUCUUUAUUUAUUUAAUGGAUGGAGAUGAACCCAUUUGUUUUAAGAGAUAUAAAUCAUAUAAUUUAAAUUCAACUGAUAACCAUCCAGAUGGACAUCAUUUUACGGUUACACUUAUUCCAGAUAAAUCACUUAAAAAUACUCCUAUGGAUCAUCCUGGAAUUGUUAAAAUUAAAUUUCUAAUUUAACCAACAGGUGGAUAAAUUAAAAUGUAACCUAUUACAAAGCCAUAAAAAGAUGUUAAUAGUUUUCUUUAUGUUAAUUUAUUUUAAGCUCAUGAUUUAGCACCUACAGAUAUGGAUGGUUUAGCUGAUCCUGUUGUUGAUAUUCUCUUUUAUGAUUCAAAAUAAACUACUCUUCUCAUUAAUGACACUACUGCUCCAAUUUGGAAUACUUAAUUAAAGAUGCCUGUCUAUAAAUUUGAAAAUGAUUCAUUCCCUCCUAUUAUACUUAAAAUAUUUGAUGAAGAUAAAGUUAGCAGAGAUUUCAUGGGAUAAUUAACUAUAGACUAUCAAAAAGGAUUAAAAUAAGGAUUUAUUACUAAAAAUUAAUCUCAUAUUACCAAACCAUAAUGGAUAGAUGUUUAUUUAUAUGGAAAUAAAGCAGGAUAAGUUUUACUCUCAUGUAAUUAUAUUGAUAAUAUUUCUGUUAAAAUACCUAAUCAAAUUAGUCCUCCUAGAAUUAAAUACUUUAUCAAAAUUAAAUUAUUAGGUUUACGUAAUCUUAAAUCAUUUGGACCUUUACCUAUCACUAAAGCAUUUGUUAAAUUUAAUGUACAAUCUAUUAGAGCCAAAGAUGAACCAUUUUCAUUCAGCAAUUCCAAUGAAAUCAUUACGCAACCUAAAGAGGCAGGAUCCAAUCCUAAUAUUACUUCAAUCAUCUGCUUAGAAAUCAAUCUUCCUGAAGAUGAUGCUUUCAUUCCCAAAUUAAUUGGAAGUGUUCAUGAUUAUAUACUUAAAGGAAUUAUGUAACCACUUAUAGGAUAAUUCUCUAUUGAUCUAAAAUUAUAGAAAUUAAAAACUUUAAAAUAAAUUGAGGAAAAAAAAGAUAUAGCCAGAAGAUUUCUUAAUGGAACACUAUAAGUAGAUUCUAAUGUUAUAUAUUUACCAAGUCUAGAUUAAGGAGUUGGUAUCAAGAUGGGAGCAUUAUUAUAAAUGGCAUCAGGAGAAUAACAUAAUGAAGAUAUCAACAAUUUAUUAACUUAAUUGGGAAUCCUUAAAAAUAAUGCUAUUUAUAUGGAUUAAAUUAUUAAAUAUAUAGAUUAUGAUAAAAAUUAAGAAGAAGGAAUAUUUUAUGAAGUUGAUCAACCUAAUAUCAAAUACUAUUUACCAUUAGGGUAUGACACUUAAAUUUAGAAGGCUUAGUUGUAUCUAUAGAAAAUGAAAUUAGGAGGUUAAAAAAUACAAAACAAAUCUUUAAAUUAAGUAGAAAUUUAAAUAAACUCUUCUCAGAAAGGAUAAUAAGGAUUGGUUAAAUCAAAUAUUCACUAUCGUUUAUGCUUACCCUGUGCAUUGGAAGAUACUUUAUUUAUGUAAUAGAAGGUUUUUGAUGUAUUCCAAUUGAGAAAAGGAAGCAUUAAUUUGAGGGAAGUGGAAAGUAUGGCUGAAAUAAUUUUGGGAGUCAAAAGAAUUAAUAGAAUACUGGAAAAUUGA